AUGGCCGUCCAUCUUUCCGCGUCGGCAGUAGCGCUGGCACCACCUCCCUCCUCCGCCACUUCCUCCCCCUUCCCGCGCACGCCUGCAUCCGUUCCGCACAAUCCCGCCCCUCAUCCGCGCUUACCCGCGCGUUCCCUGCAUCCGUCCGACAAGAUCGCCGCUCUCCGCCGCUGCCGGUCGUUCUCCUUCCCCGUGCCAGCUUCCGCGCCCCCGUCCCGCGCUGGUAGCCGCUGUUGCGCCGCGCAUGGAUCCGCGGAAGGAGGCCCAGGGGAAGCUGGGGUGGAGAUACAGCGAGCGGAAGGGGGGGUAACACCUAGAGCAGAAGGGGAAGCUGGGACGGGAACACAAGGAGCGGAAGGGGCACCUGGGGUGAGUACUCAAGGAGCGGAAGGGGAGCAACAGGGAGAGGAACGGCGGCCACCAAGCGGAGAAGAAGAUAGACCCGCCGAAGCUGCUGAUCUCUACCUGUCACGUGAUCGGGGUGUGGUGAGAAUGCCUGAAGUUGGAGCAUAUGUGGGAAACGCAGCACGUGAGGCAGGAGCAGCUGAGAAUUCCCUGCCACGUGAACGGGGUGUGCUGGGAAUGCCUGACGGUGGAGCGCACAUGGGAAAUACAGCACGCGAAGGAUUGAACACCAGGCUUGCCUGUACUGGCAAGUCGGUGCUGCAGGCUGUGUGCAGUGCGGUGCUGAGCGGUUCGCUGGUUCUGAGUCCUCUUCCUGGUCUCUCUGACCAUCACCCAUCCAUGUAUCUCGGUAGCACGGAGGGGAGUACACGCAGCAUGGCAUUCAGCAGCAGCGGGAGAUACACAUUCGCGUUCAACGGCCGGGAUAGCAUCGUAGCACCGUUGCUUGCAUUCAACGGCCAGGAUGACAGCAUACCAUCUCUAACCGACACAACGAUCACGUCUGGGAGCAUCGCUCCCUCCAUCAGUGUUCCUCCCUCCACCAGCAUUGCUCCUUCUGUCACCUAUCCAACUUUCCUUCCUUACCAGGGAGGUGGGGUUUUCCUGUCAGGGUCACCUCCGGUCGCCUAUACAGCUUUGUCUGUGCCAGAAAAGGGGGGGGCAGCUCCCGUGUUUCCUUCACUGGAGCAGCUUCUAGCCGAGCAGCUGGCGCAGAGGUACGUGCCAUGUAUUGGGGUGAAGAGGAGCACGUGCGAGGGAGCAGGUGGAGGACAGCAACCGCUGCUCCAGCGCGCACGUCCUCCUUCAACCCGUCCGUUUCCUUCACUGGAGCAGCUCGUAGCAGCGCUGGAGCAGCUGGCGCAGAGGUUCCGUGUGAUGUCAGACGGUGAACUGGUGGGGUUCUUCCAGCAGCUGCUCACUGCUGCGCGCCACACAGGGGUGGAGGGCGGGCAGCAGCAAAACGGGCAGCAGCAGCAGCUGGGCGGGCAGCAGGGACAGCAGGGAGCAGCAGCAGGGUUUCCCCAAGGGAAGCACCAGGAGUCAGCAGAUUCAGAUGGGCUUCCCUCGUCCGGAAACCCUGUCUUUGGUGUUUCAAACAUACCCUCUCCCCCUCCUCCUCCUCCUCCUCCUCCUCCUCCUCCUCCUCCUCCUCCUCCUCCUCCUCCUCCUCCUCCUCCUCCUCCUCCUCCUCUUCUCGAGCCACCCUUACAGGGGGAGGUAGGGGUUGAGAUGAGAGUGGAAGGGAUUGAGAGCACAGAGGAAGGGUUAGGAAUUGGCGGAGUGAGCUCAAGCCAAAUAGGGGAGAGGCCACUAGGGGAUGCUACUGUGCAAGCACGUAUGGAGGGUCAGAAUCGGAUAGGGGAGGACGGGGAUGGGAGGGGAGACGAUGGGAUGUUGAGCGGAAUUGAGAACCAAGGUCUGCAGCUUUUCUCUGCGGUUCAGGGUCAGAUGGAAUGGUUCCAGGGUCAAGUAGAGCGGUUGCAGCAGCAGAUAGAGCGGUUUCAGCAGCAGGACACCCCGCUUGGGAUAAAAGCAGGGAAGGUGGUGGCGGCAGCGGCGGCUGUGGGGUUUACAGCAGCAGCUGGAGUGGUGGCUUUAAGGGUUCCGGAUGGGUGGGAGGAGGAGAUGGGGGAUGGGAGUUGGAAGAGGGAGAAAGAAGUGGUUGAGAAGGGUGGAAGCUGGAUGGUUGGGAGUGGGAGUGCAGGGAAGGGAGAUGAGGUGGAGGGGAGUGAGGGGAGGGAUGGAAGAGAAGAGAAGAAGGAGGAUAAGGACGAGAAGCUGUUGCUGCAGCAGAAGCAAGAGGUAGAGCAAAGGCUGGAGCAGCGAAAGGAGAAGGAGAAGGAUCAGGAGGAGCAGGAUAAGGGACAGGAGCAGGAGCGGAGAGGGGAAGGUGGGAGGGAGAGAGGGGGAGCAGUUAGGGGAGCAGAGGUGGGGGUUAUUGUGGACACAGAGGAGUGUGGUGUUCCUGGGGGGAGGAGGAAGGGCGUGACAGGGGAGUUGGAAGGGAGUGAAGGGGCUGGUGAGGGGUGGAGAGGGGUGCGGAGGAGGAGGUGGGUGGGGUUGUUGGGUGGGGAUGAGGAGGACGAGGAGGGAGGGUGGGAGGAGAGAGGGGUGGCAAGGGGUGCGGUUGCUGGUUCUUGGAGUGAUUUGGUGGUGCCUAAAAACACACACAAGGGGAUGGGCGAGGGAGAGAGGUCUGCGCCUGCACACAUGUACAAGGGGGGGGAUGAGAAGGGAGAAAGUGAGGGAGAAGGGACGGGAGAAGCUGCUGGUGGUGGUGCUGCCGCUGGUUUUGGUGGUGCAGGUAACGUGGCUACAGUGGAUACUGCAAUCGGUAGCAAGGAAGCCACAGAGGCAGAAGCAGCAUCGAUCAAGGAGGCAGCAGAGGCAGCAGAGGCAGCAGAGGAGGAAGCAACAGGAGCAUCGAGCAAGGAGGUAGCAGUGUUUACAGGGAAAGAGAGAGAGAGCAUGGCAAACACCUCAAUUGCCCCUGCUGCUCAUUCUCCUGCUGUCCCUGCUUUCCCUGCUGCCCCUGCUGCCCCUGCUUCCCCUGCUGCCCCUGCUUACCCUACUGCCCCUGCUUACCCUGCUGCUCAUACUCCGCUGUCAGUGAGAGAUACGCCACGACCCAAAGAAGCAGGAGAGAGGGCUCUGGCAGGAAACAGGGCUGUAUCAGGAGAAAGUACAGCAGCAGAAGGCAGGGCUGCAGUAGGGGAGUUGGCUGAGGCGAACGAUAGGGCUGUAUCAGGGAAAAGGACUGUAGCAGAAGGUAGGGCUGUAGCAGGAGAGAGGGCUGUAGCAGGAGAGAGGGCUGUAGCAGAAGGUAGGGCUGUAGCAGAUAAUUGGGCCGUAUCUGGAGGAAGGGCUGCAACAGGAAGGGAGGUGCCGGAUUCAGCAAUGGACACUAGCAUGGACCGAGUGUUCAGAAGAAACGGGCGGUGGGAGGUGGAGGCUUCUGGGGGAGGUAGAUCUGGUCAGUUUGAUGCAGGGAAGACUGCUUUACAGGAGGAAGAGGAGGGGUAUGGAUGGGAGAGGGGGAGGAGAGGGAGGGAGGCACGAUGGAAGGUGGGAGGAGAGAUGAGGGAGGUGAGAGAGGGGGAUUUGACUGAUUGGGAGGUGCAAGAUGAGUGGAGGGUGGGAGGAAGACGAGGGAAGCAAGGUGAUAUGGAAGGUUGGGAAGGGAAAGUGGGGGAAGAAAAGAGGAAUGGAGGAGAUUUUCAUGGGUCGGAUACUGCUGGCUCAAAGAGGAUUGCACAUUCGGAAAAUAAGGGCGUCCAUGAGGAAGGUCCUCUGACAAGGAGGCGUGGUUGGCACAGCGGGAAGGAACAAAUUCUGAGUGAACAUAAUUUUAGAGGUAGAAAGGGAGGUUAUGUGCGAAAUAGCGCGAGUUUAGAUGUGAUGGAGCAUAGAGGAGACGUCUGGGUGAGAGGGAAGGAUGGUGUGUAUGAAAAAAAGAGCUUUAAGGAUGUGGAAUGA